UGAAAGUGACGUUGGUUUCUCUGCCACAAGUGAAUGAGGGGCAAAGAGAGGUAUCUUCUUUGUUCCUGGAGCCUUCCCUGGAAUUAACCUUGUACUAUUCAGAAGAUCAAGAAGUGCUGAGCCUGGCAGCAGUGCAGCAGCAGGGCCAGCCCUCGGCGAGGCCUCUCUCUGGCUCCCCAGUCAUGCCCUGGCAGCUCUCUGCAGCGGUAGUGUUCUUCGUGUCCCUGGCUGUGAUUUUGCAUUAUGGCAGUCAAAUAAGAGCUAAAGUGUUCCCAGAAACUUCGGACUAUCAGCCUACAACCGCAACAACAGUGCAGGCCAUAGCAAAACCUUUCCUACAACCAACUAACCAAGUACCUCCCAAAACUUCAGCAGUAAGAUCAACAGAUCGUCAUGUCACCUCUCAGAGAGCUGCCACAACCUCCAGCUCUGAACCCCCAAUCACACACACAACAAUAAGAACUCUAGGAACAACUUCCUUGGAAACUAUAAACAGUACCCCAUCUACCAGCACCACAGUCCACACCUUAGUCACAACCCCGGCCACACCCAAUAACUCACACACAGCUGCUCCAGGCACUGAGGCCUCCAUUGGCUCCAGGGCAGCGCCAAGUUCACUGCCAACCACCAUCACCCCACCAGCCCAUACAACAGGAAACAGCCCCACAACUAGGAAAACCACCCAACCCAGUAACCAGAACACCCUUCCAGCAAUGUUGUCCACCUCACCACAUAACAGCACAACCAGUCAGAAGUCUACUCAACCCAUGCACACCUCAGGAGCCACCACAGCUGCACACAAUACCACCCAAACAGCCUCACCUGCCACCAUGGCUCCUGGGCCCACUCUGGCACCUCAGCCUUCAUCAGCCAAGACCGGAAUUUAUCAAGUUCUGAAUGGAAGCAGGCUCUGUAUCAAAGCAGAGAUGGGGAUAGAGCUAACGGUUCAAGACACAGAGUCGGUUUUUUCAACUCAGAGAUACUUCAACAUCGACCCCAAUGCAACGGAGUCCUCUGGGAACUGUGGCUCUCGAAAAUCCAACCUUCUCUUGAAUUUCCACGGUGGAUUUGUGAAUCUCACAUUUACGAAGGAUGAAAACUCCUAUUAUAUCAGUGAAGUGAGAGCCUAUUUGACAGUCUCAAAUCCAGAGAAAAUUUACCAAGGAAUGAAAAGUGCUAUGGUGAUGUUUGAGACUGUGGUUGGGCAUUCCUUCAAGUGUGUGAGUGAGCAGAGCAUCCAGCUGUCAACCCAGCUUCAACUGAAAACAAUGAAUGUCCAAUUUCAAGCCUUUGAUUUUGAAGACGACCAAUUUGGAAAUGCGGAUGAAUGCUUCAGUGACAGAAACAGGAGAGAAAUCCCUGUGGCCGUGGGCCUGAGUAUCGCAGGACUGCUUGUCGUUUUGCUAACAGCAUGCCUGGUGGCCAGAAAGAGGCCCAGUAGAGGAUAUGAACGCGUGUAAAGCCCCACCUUCUUCAAAGUGUGCAAGGUUAAGGCCUUGGGAAUUCUGGCUUCAUAUUCAGCCUGAAGUGAAGGAAUCAGUUCUAGUAGCCUAUCCCACCCUUCCAAUCUUAUUAGGAAACCCAAUUUUCCCCCAGGGGCCAUCUGAAGGCUAAUUAAAAUGUAGCCACCACUUUCUCCUGUUGGCAUAGGGAGGCUGUGCCAUGGGCUUGAAUUCCAUCUUCCACACCUGGUAAUAGAGGGCUGGCUUUGAGAAUUAGGGAUAAGAAGUAGGGACAUGCUUGGGAGAGGGAGAGAGCAAAUACCUAAAGGGAGAAUUGUAGAACAACAUUUUCAAACAGCACUGAUUUUUCUUACACAUUUUGAAGAGUCUCAAUAUCUAGUUAAAAUGUAUAUAUUACCUCUUUAAAAACCAAUCCAUUUCAAAAUAGAUUCUAAAGUCAUUUAAAGCUCCUGAAUUGUGCCCAAUUCCUGAUUUACUUGAAUUACAGAAUGGUGUUAAUAGACUAUUAUUUUUAAAAAGACAUUCUAGGGGCGCCUGGGUGGCUUGGUCAGUUGAGCGUCCGACUUCGGCUCAGGUCAUGAUCUCACGGUCCGUGAGUUUGAGCCCCGCAUCGGGCUCUGUGCUGACAGCUCAGAGCCUGGAGCCUGUUUCAGAUUCUGUGUCUCCCUCUCUCUCUGCUCCUCCCCUGUUCAUGCUCUGUCUCUCUCUGUCUCAAAAAUAAAUAAACGUUAAAAAAAAAAUUU